UGCAUUGCAGCAAAUACCUACUAGUUUAAUAAUAGAAAAUAACAACAAACCGAUCUUAGCUUUAUAUGUACAUCAAAAUAUUGACAAUUUGUGGAAGUGGAAAACUGGAGAUAUAUUGUGUUACUGCAGUAGAAAUCGAAACAAAAGGAUGGCUUCUAUGAAUUUUAAUAAAGUUAAAGAAAAUGGAACAGAUCACGGAAAAGCGACUCCUAUAGCAAUGGUAGCCCCUGAAGUAAAACAAAGCAGUGAUGACACUGAGAUUACCAAAACAUGUGCAGUUCUGGGGUGUGAUGACUACAAGUCAUUGGAGUCUCACAACUUUUUUGGGUUUCCUGAAGAAGAGAGUCUUCGUCAGAUCUGGGCAGACCUCACGGGGAGACAUGACUGGACUCCGACGGACUACUCUUACAUCUGCAUCAACCACUUCUCCAUGGACUCAUUUGACUGUAAUGAACAAGGCAAUCUGAUACUAGUCAGCAAAGCCAUCCCGUCUGCCAAAUUGCCAGGACAUGUGUUAGAGGGUGAGUACAUUGACGAGGAGACACUAGAAAAUGAUGUGUUAGAAAACGGCGAAGAUUACGAAAUGGAUUCCGAGUACGAAGAGUUAGAAGAGGAUGAGUUAGAUGAACCGCCACCAGUGAAGAGAAACGAGCCUCAAGCCUCAAACAAGCAGUUAGACAAUGUAGAACUCCUCAAGCUAUUUACAGAAGUGCAACAGUUGCAACGACAAACCGUCGGCGUAAAAGAAAAACUGCGAGGCAACAUGAAGCUACACAACCAACAGGCGAAAUACCUGGAGAGAUUAAAGCACGCGAUUGAGGUAAAACAGAAACUAAUAAAUCAGAAGAAGAAAAAGAAAUCCAGGAUACUCCUGUCAAUACAGGACAAGAUAAAAGAGGAUUCUAAUGGGCUCGUUCUGGCGAUGCCGCUGAGGCAUUCAAAUGACUUGAAAAACUUCGCCCUGAGUAUCUACAAGUACUCUCCGCAAGCGUAUAUCUACGCUAGGAAUACUCUACGCACAAUGCUGCCGAGUACAGAUGUCCUGGAGUCGUGGCUCAAGUCGGGCUAUCAUCCAAAGAACAUCAUGACCAAUAACAAUUUGGUGAAAGUGACCGCCGAACAGACUGAAACUGAGUUAUCAUGUAAAGUGACUAUUAACUGAAUUAAGUUUUUAGGGUAAAGAAUGAAUUAAUCAUUUACUUUUUGAAAAUUAAAUAGCUAUAUGUUUA